AUGGCACCGCCUAAACGCAAUAGCAGCUCGCUUCCUGCCGGCUAUGUCGAGGACAAGUCGAAGGGCGCAAUGCUCAGAUUCCAAGACUCGCUUCCUCGCCUCCCAGUUCCGACCCUCGAAGAGACCGCCAAGCGGUAUCUCAAGAGCUUACACCCCAUCAUCUCUGCCAGCGAGCUCGAGAAGAGCACAGCCGCCGUCACCGAGUUCAUCAAGCCCGGCGGAGUUGGCAGCAAACUCCAGCAGAAGCUCAUUGAGAAGGCCCAAGACCCCAAGACAAAGAACUGGAUGUACGAGUGGUGGAACGAUGCUGCGUACCUGAGUUACCGCGACCCGGUAGUGCCGUAUGUCAGCUACUUUUACUCGCACAGGGAUGAUCCCAAGCGGCGCAACCCCGCCAAGCGGGCUGCGGCGCUCACCAGCGGUGUCCUCGAGUUCAAGAAACUCGUCGACAGCGGCAGCCUCGAGCCGGAGUACAUGAAGAAGCUGCCUAUUUGCAUGGACAGCUACAAGUGGAUGUUCAACGCGAGCCGUGUUGCGGCCAAGCCCGCGGAUUACCCCAUCAAGUUCUCCCACGAAGAAAACAAGCACAUUGUUGCGAUUCGCAAGAACCAGUUCUUCAAGAUUCAACAUGAGGUUGCUGGUAAGCAGCUCAACGCCUCAGAGCUCGAGGCCCAGUUCAACCGUGUCUACGAAAUCGCGGAGCGAGUUUCGCCCGUGGGAGCAUUGACCUCAGAAAACCGAGAUGUCUGGGCCGAUGCGCGCGAGCUGUUGAUUUCAGCCAGCCCCAAGAACAAGGCAGCCUUGGAGGCCAUUGAGUCUUCCUCUUUUGUCGUCUGCCUGGACGAUGCGUCUCCCGUUACCUUGGAGGAGCGCGCCCACCAGUACUGGCAUGGCGAUGGCGCCAACCGCUGGUAUGACAAGCCCCUCCAGUUCAUUGUCAACGACAACGGCACAUCGGGUUUCAUGGGCGAGCACUCGAUGAUGGAUGGCACGCCGACACAUCGCCUGAACGACUACAUCAAUGAUCUCAUCUUUGGAAACAAGAUCGAUCUCUCAGACCCCAACGUCCGAUCUGACUUGCCCGAACCUCAGCCCAUCAACUUUGACAUUACGCCCAAAAUCCAAAGCGAAAUUGACCGUGCCGUUACCGACUUCAACAACGUCAUUGGACAGCACCAGCUUGCUGUCCAGGCGUACCAGGCCUACGGAAAGGGCCUCAUCAAGCAGUUCAAGUGCUCACCGGACGCAUACGUACAGAUGAUCAUCCAGCUUGCCUACUUCAAGAUGUACGGCAAGAACCGACCAACAUAUGAAUCUGCUGCCACUCGACGUUUCCAGCUGGGUCGUACCGAGACGUGCCGUAGUGUUUCUGACGAAUCAGUCGCUUGGUGCAAAUCAAUGGCAGACCACUCGGUCGAUGACAAGUCGCGGGUCGCCCUCUUCCGGAAAGCCAUUGCGGCUCACCUCGAGUACAUCUCCGCCGCGUCAGAUGGAAAGGGCGUUGACAGACACCUCUUUGGUCUCAAGAAGCUCCUUGAGCCUGGUGAGGAAGUCCCAGCCAUCUACAAGGAUCCCUCAUACGGCUACUCUUCGUCGUGGUAUCUAUCCACCUCUCAGCUCAGCUCGGAGUUCUUCAACGGCUACGGCUGGAGUCAGGUGAUUGAUGGAGGAUUUGGAAUUGCCUACAUGAUCAAUGAGAACAGCAUCAACUUCAACGUUGUAUCAAAGGGUCUUGGAAGCGAGCGGAUGAGCUACUAUCUUAACGAGGCAGCGGGCGAGAUGCGAGAUUUGCUGGUUCCUACACUGGAGCCCCCCAAGGCCAAGCUAUAA